AUGCGAGUCCAGUUAUUCAGCGAUGUCGAAUCAGGAGCAUACGCUCAAAAACUGCUAGAAAUUGGUGAAGUCCACCUUAACACCGACCAAGAAGGUAUGGUUCUUUUCACACAGCAAUUUUGUCAUGCUGUGGAGACAGAAAACGAACUUACUGAACAAGUUUUUCCGAAUCUGCAACAAAAUAUUCUUGACGAAAAUUGGUUGUGUGAAAGGACCAUAUUGGCACCAAAAAAUGAGACUGUUGCGAAAAUAAAUAAAAAAAUCUUGGCCGAAAUAAACAGCGAUACAUCAGUUUAUAAUUCCAUUGACACAGUUAUGUCAUCCGAUGACACUACAAGUUAUCCCGUAGAGUUCCUAAACUCUUUAGAGUUGUCCGGGGUGCCAUCACACAAUUUGGAAUUAAAGGUUGGUGUACCAGUUUUGUUAAUGCGUAACCUGGAUGCGCCAAGAUUAUGCAACGGUACUCGGUUGCGAGUUACCGAAUUAGGAAGGCCUCUCGUCUGCUUAAAACGUAGAUCUGCGCUCGAAAAAUGUUUACCCUUACAUGCCUUGGACGUGUAUCUGCGUCAAAACGUACCAUAA